ACCUAUUUUUGGUUUAGUUGCGGUACAAAGUCAAGAAUUGUCGUUCUGAAUUUCGGGACACAAAGUUAAAAGUUUGUUAGGAAAAAGAAGGAAGUGUUUAAAAUAUUUUAAAUUAUAUGAAAAUGAUUAGGCCUAAUCGAACUUAAACAUAAACAUUCACCAUUUUAUUAUAUAUAUGUAUAUGUACUGUUGUUUGGUGACUCCCUGAAGCUGCAUUGUGGUUACAUAUGUGUACAGAAAAAUAUAAAAAAAAUAGAUUUCUUUAUUGUGUAUACAUUGUAAUGAAGAAAUAGUAAGUGAAUACGCAACAAAUUGUAAGAUAUAGCGGAAAUCAAGCGUCUUUGCUGGCAAACGUGCUUCUAUUGUGUAGUGCCUCCAACUUCGAAGCUGCAAGCAGAGUCUCGGUUUAAUUGCGAAAGUUGGGGAAAAUGGCUAACGCAGGAACAGCUACACCCAUGGAAAUCGAUGAUUUUAUAAAUGGAGCUCUGGUUAAUUGGUUGGAAUCAUGUUUGCCGCGUCCAGAAAUACUUACCGGCUAUUCUUCUUUGUUAGAUGGCAAUAUUAUACACAGUGUGUGGUUGCAAAUCGAUCCAGAACCACAAAAUCAUCCAACAGAUAUCCGCGAUUUAGUUGGAGUUUCGUUGUGUAUAGCUCGGUCAAAAAACUUCGAAUGCAUUGCCCGCAAUUUAAAAUCCCUUUUCGAGGAAGAGCUGGAACACACUAUACUCGUACUUCCCGACGUGUAUAUACUAGGGUACCAUCCCGAAUCGAGACACGGUUUGGAGCAAAUGAAGAUUUUAUUAACUUUGUUAUUGGGCGCUGCAGUACAAUGUCCUAAUCGUGAAAUUUUCAUUGGACGCAUUAAAAUGCUAGACGUGGAAACUCAACAUGCAAUUGUUGGUUUGAUCAAACAAGUAACUGAGGACCAAAGUCUUGUGCUUACAAAGGAAUCUGUAAAUUUACUCACUCCUGUCAAUAUGUAUAAUCAUAUAUUGCGUUUGACAAAGGAACGAGACAAUAUCUACUUGCGUUGGAUUACCUCUAUGUGCUCAGAGUCUGAUUUAAAUAUGAGUGCUUGUGGUGAUGGUUCGAUAAGUAUACCUCUUUCACCACUCUCUUGCGCGUUGACGACAUCUUGCCCAACUUCUAAUGAAAAUAAUCACAUGGCAGUAGAGCUAGCUGAUUUGAAAUCCAAAAUUCGCAAAUUGCGACAAGAACUAGAAGAGAAGUCGGAAAAUCAACUUGAAUUGCGUGAAGAACUAGAACAUAAAAAUGCGCAAUACGAGAAAUUGCGCGCAGAGAGCCAAGAAUGGUACGCUGAAGCAAAACGUGCCUAUGCGUACCGUGAUGAAGUAGAUGUUCUAAGAGAACGUGCAGAGCGCGCUGAUCGUUUGGAAAUUGAGGUACAAAAGUUUCGGGAAAAACUAACUGACGCAGACUUUUAUAAGACUCGUGUAGAAGAAUUACGUGAGGAUAAUCGUAUGCUUCUGGAAACAAAGGAAAUGUUGGAAGAUCAGUUGCAACGGGCACGAAAGCGAUCAGAACAUGUGAUGAAAUUAGAAUCUGAGAUUAUUAAAUACAAACAAAAGCUAAACGAUAUGGCACUGGAGCGAACUUUAGAUCGUACUAAGUUAGAAGAACUUUUGGAAGAAAACACUCAGUUGCAAUUAGUAGCGAAAAAUCUUAAUAGCAGCCAAAGACUUGAUAGCGCCUUUUCAGAUAACGAAGAUGAAUGUAAUUCUGGCGACAACAGUUUGUCAGAGCAACUAACAAAUGAUGCUCAGACACGAAUUUUAAAAUUAGAAUUAAGAAAUAAGCAACUGUCGGCGGCUUUGGAACAACUGAAGGAGAACUCUUUCCAUGAGUCUACAAAUAAAAUACUGGAUCUUGAAAAAGAUAAGAAAAAGUUAUCUCUAAAACUUGAACAAAUGCAAGAUAACAUUCAACGAUUAACGCAACAAAACGCUGCAUUAGAAGAUGUAUUUAAAAGCGCCUUGGAAGAGAAUAAAAAAUUGCAGGACACAAUGGAUGAUCGGCAAAAAUCGUAUGAACGCCAAGGUCAGGAACGUGAGUUGGAACGUAAUAAGCUAAUGGACUUGGAGCAGCAUGUAGAAACUUUGAACAAGGAGAAACAACGCUUACAAACUCUGAACGAAAGUAUACAGCGUCGCGCCGAUGACUUAGAUCGUCUACUAGACACGCGUACGAAGGAAAUUCAGCAGCUGACAGAACGCUCCCAAGAAGUGAGUAAGGUUAAAGAAAAAGUAUACGACUUGGAAGCAAAAUUAAGUGUUUGUGAACGCGAAAAUAAUAGCCUUUUGAAAGAGGUAACGAAAUUGAAAGAAAACAGUGAAGAAAAAUCGGUGCAACUAGAUGAGUCUACAGCGAAGGUGGAAGCGCAAACCAAAGAUAUUGAUCGACUUACAAAAGAAUUGGCUGAAACAGAUCUAAUACAACAAAAAAUCGUAGAACUCGAAAAGCAAAACCAGGAAUUAAUUUCUCAGCGUGAUAUUGAUGCUGAAACUAUAGCAACCUUACGCAAUGAUUUAGUGUCUGGUACUUUAGCCACCAAUAAGGUGCGGCAGAACUUGGAAAAACUGGGCUUGACCGGCAGUGGGGAGGCAGAUGGAAAUGGCGAUUUGAAUGUGGAAACUGUCGUCGAGAAAUUGGUACGUAAUCCCGAAACUUUCAAAACAGUGCGGGAAAUUAUGUUGAAUGUAUCGAAAGAGCAGCGUCAAAGCGAAAAUUCGAAGUCAGAUAUUUGCGUGCUAUGCCAUCGCAAAGAGAUUUAUACUGUUGAAAAAAAUAUUGAACUAUCAUCCAGUAUUGAGCCCCAGGAGCUAAGCUUCGAACACAAAGUUACCUUAAGCUCACCAACAAGUCGACAAGACCGUAUGGAAAUGUUACGGCUUAGAGAGGCAAACACCAAUUUGAGUGCGUGUUAUGCGACGCUACAAACUGCCAAUAUUCAAUUAGAAGCCGAAAAGGCGCGUCUCGAUGUAGACGUAGUAACGCUGGGUUCACAGAUAUCAUCCCUGAACACACAAUUGGUUGCACUACAAGUGGCUAAUUCACAACUUGCCUCUGAAAAGGACCUAUUAUUGAAGCAAAGUGAAUCCGUUAAACAACAAAAUCAGAAUGUACAACAUGACUUGAUGGCGUUACGCACUUUGCACGAUCAGCUUUCAACAGAAUACGAGUCACUUGCCACAGGCAAGGAACAGCUCAAGUUGCUGCUGCGCGAUUCACGAAAUGAGACACGCGAGCUGCGCGAACAUAUUUUGGGUUUAGAAAAGCGAAUUGUUGAACUAACAAAAGAAAAUGUGGUCAUGAAAGCCUAUGAGGAUGAUUUGGCCAUAUUGCGUACAGAGCAUUCAAAGCUGACUGAUGAUUUUCGAAAUUUGUUCCGUUUCAAGAAUGAAUACAAAAACAUACAGGAGCAAUACAAAAUGAUACGCUCAGAUAAUAGUAAACUAAAAAAGCAAAACACAGAACUAUUGCGUGAGCUGGACGUGAAGAGUGACCAAAUUAAAACCAUGGAAAAUGAUGCCGCUUACUAUUCACAACAGUGUGAAGUGUUACUGCAAUCGAAUACUCAUCUAGAUAUAGAUCGAAAAACUUUAAUGGACAAUAUUUCCCAGUUAUUAUCCCAGUAUCACGAGUUGCUCUCGCACUCCUUGGAAGAUAAACAACAUUUUCGCGAGGAAGAAAAAAGCUACACCGAACGCUUGCACAACUUGAGCCGCCAGAAAGAAAAGCUGGAGGAGAAAAUAAUGGAACACUAUAAAAAGCCCGAAACUGUCAUACCAAAAAAGAAACCUUUUGCCAGCAGCAUUGUUCGGCGUGUGAAGAAAGCUGGAUCGGAUUUUAUAAAUAAGGUACCAAAAAGUCGGAAUCGACGAUCGUGGGUGGAUGAUUCGCGUCUAACAUCGUCGCAGUUCAUGAUUGGGUCCGAGUCUGGUGGCAAUGACUCUGAUAAUAGCUUUGAGGAGCCAAUGUCCAUUGCGUCGGAUACACAUCUGCUGCAACGAAACAUGCCGAUGAGGCAAAGUUUGCAACGCGAUCUAAUGGAUAACACACUUUCACGUGGUGAUAUACGGAGUAGUUUACAAGCACAAAAACGUACGGAUUUGAAUAAUUCUCGUAGAAAUAGCGUGCACGGUCUUGAAGCGCCAGAUGUGACGGGCAGCAGCUUGACACUGGGUACAGCCGGUUCUCGACGCACAGUUUAUUUGAUCGAUGAAAACCAAAAAAUUCCCGAAACGACGACGAAUAGCAAUGGUAGUGAUAUAAGCGCAAGCGGUCGACUAUCGACUUCUCAUUCGCCUCUAAAUUCAAGCGACUGCUUAUCAUCGAUCACCUUAGGAGGUGUCAGCGCUGCUAGUGGCGAUUGUAUGGAUGCAGAUAUAGGAGUUGGAUUUGCUGGUGUAGGCAUGGCCGAGCCGCAGAUACCUACAACUGUGACACCCUUACCAAAAAACGACAAUCCGACCACAUUCCUUAUGUACAAUCGUAUAAAUACGACGAUCGGCAGUAAUACUGGCACUGAAGGCAAUAUAACCCCGGGUACAUCACGUGAUGCCACACUACCGCCAAACAAUGGUGCGACGCCAGCGUCGGCGACACCAGCACCGCAGGAAGACAAAUUAAUGCGAAAACGCACAGAAGAUAAAAGUAAUAGUAUUUGGUAUGAGUACGGAUGUGUUUAGGAAAAAGCAAUUUAAAAUAAUUAGCUUUUAAUAUAAAUACUUAACAUUAUUUUGUAUGAGUAAAUGAUCAAAAGGAUUAAGAUAUGAAAGUAGUGGAAAUUUGUGUUAACCUAUAAGAUCUAUAUACAUAUUUAUGUCUCGUGUCGUCCGUUUUUUAAAGGUGCAGAAUUGUUACUCAAUCUAGAAAUCCUUUUUUUUUUUGAAACAAGUAUGCAUGCACUCAAUUCAAUGUUUGAAAAUUUACUCGAAUCGCGCUUUUAAUGAUUUACUCGAAAUAAUACCAUCUAAGUAGGUACUUUCAAAUGUAUUACACAUUUCGGAGCUCCAUUAAGUUAUUACACACUUCCAAAUUAAUGCAUGUAUUUUCAACAUUUCUAUGCACCAUCUAUAGUAUCUAUCUUAAGUAAAAGUAUUACUUCUUGCAAUCGACCGAAUUUACAUCAAAAUGUUCAUUACAUUUCAUUUAAAUCCAUUAUUUACGCAAAUUUAAAAUUAGCUGCAUCUCCCCAUUUAUACAAAUGCAUUUAAUUUUAUAUGUACUACAGAAUAUAAACAUUCAAUGAAUGUGCAGAAGCUACCAAUAUUU